AGCAACACUCUUGUUGUCUCUGACAUCUUGUGAUCACAAGACUUCUAUCCUCUAGUUUUCUGUCAAGGCAAAAAUUGGGCGAGAAAAAGCCGUCCCUGCAGGGAUUCGUGUGUAAAAUAGCUCCAAUUUAGUGCAACACAACAUCAAGAUGAGGUACUUCUUAACUUAUUUGGCUGGGCUCAUAAUAGUCAUUGUGGUGCCCAUUUUCUCCAUGUACUAUUUAUUGAACGGAAAGGGUGAGCAAAUCAGCUUUGGAUGGUUCCUGGAGAAUACGUCGCCCUACAUGUGGGCGACGUUGGGCAUUGCUUUCGCCGUGUCUCUGUCCGUGGUCGGCGCUGCGGCGGGUAUCCACACCGUUGGCGUGAGCAUAGUCGGUGGAGGUGUUAAGGCGCCCAGAAUCAAGACCAAGAACUUGAUCUCCGUUAUCUUCUGCGAGGCCGUGGCUAUCUACGGACUGAUCACUGCCAUCGUGCUAUCUGGUAUGCUGGAAAAAUACCCUGAACCCUUGACAGACUUCAGUAUCAAGAGUCAAAACUACAUGGCUGGCUAUGUAAUGUUUGGAGCUGGAUUGGCUGUGGGCCUUGUAAACUUAUUCUGUGGUAUCGCUGUGGGAAUUGUUGGAUCUGGAGCGGCCCUCUCUGAUGCAGCCAACGCAGCACUUUUUGUGAAGAUCCUUAUUGUUGAAAUCUUUGGAUCAGCCAUUGGUCUAUUUGGGCUCAUUGUUGGUAUUUACAUGACAUCAAAAGUCAAAAUGGGUGCUGCUUAAGAAGACAGAACUUAAAAUUAAGUUAUGCAACAGCACUGGAUCGCCUGUAAAACCAAGUGUGAGACACAAACAGUGCUGAGAAAAGUAUCCAAUCAAUGGUAAAUUAUUCAGUAUAGCUUGAAUUCAAUACUACCGCAGUGUUACUUGUAUUACUACGACCUAACUACUUUGAUGUGUUAUGUGAUGUUUAAACUUGUUAAAUAGAUAACUUCAUAUUUGUAAAAGAUACUUGACCUUGGCACUUCUACAAGAUUACAAUUUUGAAUAUUAUAAAACCUCAUCUUACUUAAGUUGUUGCAUUUAGUGCCAAGGAUUCAGGUAUCUGCCAGACCAUUUUAUUUGUGGAUAGAAUCAGUAUUUAGUUGGAGUGUUUUUUGACAAUUUGACAGUAAACUUUUGAGUAACUAAGCUGACUCUUAGGGGUUAUAGUGACUGGAUUCAUAUUGAAUUAAAUAAUGCAUGUGUCAUAUCAAAAAUGAUAUCAAACUUUUGUUAUGUAUAACUCAAACUAUACUUUAUGAACCUGUAUCAAUCAUGGGUUUUAAUGAUUAGUUCAAUGUGGUAUCUAGUCACUGUUAAAGGCUUAACAUUCCAUGAACCUCGUGCAACUUGAAUAAGUGUUUAUUGGCCUCCCAGCAGCCACCCAUACAUGUACUGUACAUAAACUAAUUGGAGUAUAUAUCACAUUAAAAUUAAGGUUGUUUUUCAAACACUUUGUUAAGAUAUAUUAAAUGUAUUUUCAAUAUAAUAUAUUGUAUGAGAUUAUCACUAGAUAUAUCAGGUGUUAGAGAAGUUUCAUAUACCUGUUUGUCAUUAUCAGUAAAAUGUAUUUUCUUGAUGUAUUUAUUUAAAGAACAUAAUUGGCCUAGGCUUUAUUAAACCUUUGUUUAUUACUUGUCACAAAGUGGGAAAGAACCUUAUGCAAGAACUAGUUGUUUCAAUGCAGUUCAAUUUUAUUUUAUAAUUUAUGCAAUCAAAAUAAUACUUCAAUUGUAAAUAUGUUUGCUUUCCUAUUUCUUGUGAACACACUAAUUUAUUGUAUCUACUUGUAAAUUUGUAUCCCUUUAAACUUAACUAUAGGUGUUGAAGUUAAUGCCAUAGAUUGUGUAUGAGUAUUGAAAUUCAAUUUUUAUUGAUAACUUAAGGCACAAUGUCGUGUACACAGUUUUGGAAUUAAAAAAAUCGAAAGUAUUAUGUCAGUCCUACCUAAGCAAUCUACUGAUGUAAUUCUAAGUUAAUAUUUUAUUUGUGCAAAUGUAGAUAUUAUGUAUGUUGAUGAAUAAAUAGAUAAAAGUUGU